AUGAACCAAAUUCUCAAUAGCAACGGAACUAUACUUUGCAAAAAUAUUCCUGUUGACAUAAAUCGAUUUGAAAUAACCGAAAUAUUUAGUAAAUAUGGACCUUUGUUAGGUGAAGGUAUUUAUUUCGGGAAAAAAAGCAGUAACAUGUUUUUUAUAAAAUAUGUUCAUUUCAAAGAUGCUAUAAAAGCGUACGAAAAUUUGAAAGAUAGCACAAUAUGCGAAUACGAUUUCAAGCUAUCACUUAGCAAAAGCGACGAGAUAAAAUAUAAAGCUAUAAAAGGGAAUAAAAAGGCAAUUGAAGAAUUAAAGAACAUUUACAAAAAUAAUGAACAAAUAAUAGUUAACGAUGACUUGACAAACGAUAUUAUUAACGAAUUAAAUGAACAAAACUAUGAGCUAUUAAAAAAGAAAAAGAAAGAGAAAGAAAUGGAGAAAAAAAAAGAUAAAUCUUUUAUUUUAAAUCUUCUAACCAAGGUUGAGGAACCGCAGGAAAACAAGGAAGAUAACAAAUUAAAAGAAGAGCUAAAAAAUUACUUAAAUUUAAAUUGUUUGUGCUCAUAUAAUUUUGACGAAAAUAAUAAAUAUGAUAAUUAUUUAACUCCGACAUUCCCAAAUUAA